GUGAUAAAUAAAUAGCACUUUAACUUCCGUAUAUGCCGCUUCCGUGUAAAGUUCAGUUUCCCCUCCAGUCGGACAGUCCAACGCUGACUCAAAACAAUGAAAGCUAUUCCCGAGGAGCUAACCACGCUCAUUUCAGAUCUUGAACAUUUCCUCUGCGAUGGAUUAAAAGGGGAAAAUCUCAGCAAAAAGGCAAAAGAGAAGAGAGAGGCCUUCAUUAAACGGAUUAAGGAGGUCAAAUUGGGUUUCCCACAAGAUUUCAAGGACAGAAGUGGAGAUGAUUCAGAGGAGGAGGAGGUUGACAGCAACAAUGACGGCGGGUCACUGCAGUCAGAGCGCACAGACAAAGAUGAUGACGCCUGUGAAGGAACUCAGCAGUCUCCACCUGUGGCAGCUCAGGACCUGACGUCUGUCUUUAAAGCUGGGUACCUGGAGAAGCGCCGCAAGGAUCACAGCUUUUUUGGCACUGAGUGGCAGAAAAGAUGGUGCGCUCUAAGCCAUCAGACCUUCUACUAUUAUGGCAGCGAGAAAGACAAGCAGCAGAAGGGCGAGUUUAGUAUCGACGGCUACUCCGUGAAAAUGAACAGCACUGUACGGAAAGACUCCAAGAAAGACUGCUGCUUUGAGAUUUCCGCUCCAGAUAAGAGAGUCUAUCAGUUUUGUGCGUCAUCUGUGAAAGAGGCGGAGGAAUGGGUGAAACAGAUUGACCUUGUUAUAAAAGACAUGUCGGGCAUCAUCCCUGAAGAGGAAGACGAAGAGCAAGAACUGUAUGAUGAUGUGGGAAAUAUGGAGGAGGAAGAUCAGCGUGAAGCGAUAGAUGAAGAAAUCUAUGAGGAGCUCCCAGAGGAUGAAGCACCAACUCCAGUCAAGCCUCCUCCAAAGCUAGCUCCAGUGAGAAAACCUGCUCCUCCUGCUGCAGUUGAUAAGAGCACAGAUUAUGCCAACUACUACCAGGGUUUGUGGGACUGUGUAGGAGACCAGCCUGAUGAGUUGUCCUUCAAACGUGGAGAUGCCAUCUACAUCCUGAGCAAGGAAUACCAGAGUUAUGGAUGGUGGGUUGGAGAGAAGAAUGGAGCGAUAGGAAUCGUCCCCAAAGAGUACUUGAUGGAGCUUUAUGCUAUAUAGACACAUGCUGUAUAAGCUGCUUCAUAAACGGCUUCUAUCUUGAACAUUUAUCGCUCUGUGUAGAGUUAAUUGACCAGAAUAUAUAACAGGUAUAUUUUGUCUUCCUGCAUAAUCUAUUGACUGGAUGGCAGAUUUCACUAGUUUGAAAGUAUUUGUGUAUUUAUUUUCUACAUCAGUAUGCUGUGCACAGUUUUUCUCAAAUGUAUCUUUUGUAAAUGCCUAAAGGAAUAAAGCGAUGAAGAUGU